CAGUUGCACUGGUGCGAAUAAUCCUGACAAUGUUGUCGUAUGUAUUGUAUAUAUGCAACGUGUGCGCGUUUGACAACGGCUGCACCAGUGUUUGCCCUAUUAAAUCGCAACAUUUACUUGGUCAAGCACUUCCAGCAAAAAUCCAAACAAUUCUGUAACGAUUAUUGCAUGAUGUCCACUUUAUAGAAUGUCGUGUUAGUCCACGCGGGAUGUUAUGGUUUUGUUCGAGCGCGCCUUGUGCAUGAAUGGCAUGUUGCCGCUAUAUACUAAUAUGAGCGCGUUUAUGGUGGAUUUGUUCGACAAAUUGUGGGUACAACCAAUAUUCACCGUGCUGAUUGAUCCGUGAUGUAUUGGGAGUUUAUUUGCACGGCUGUUGUAAAACUUUGUAUACUUCUACCGCUAUUCACCUUUUGCAUCAGAGAAGUACGAGAUAUUCGUACAUAUUCGAAAAUUAUGGCAACGCAUCAUUGCAUAAUUGCACAGACAGCAAAUAUACCAUUAAAUAUGAAGUUUAUAUCCUCAACAUCUUUUUUGGGUUGACAUAAUAAAGCUGGAUUAACUGGAAACUCCUCAUGGCACGGCGGCUUAUAGCCAAAAUGAAACUGUUCAUUGGCAUCUUUAUUACCACCGGCACCGUGUAUAAUUGCGCAAUUUUCUUUUUCUCCUAUUUUUUCUUUCUCAGUUAAUUUUUUUUGUAUAAUUGGUUGUAUUAUUGAUCCCGAUAUGGAUUCAGUAAAUUAUUUGCGUUAACUGCUACUCGUAGUAGUUGCUAAUACACACUAACAGCAGCCGUAAUUGCAUGCAUCCAUAGUGUACUAGUUAGUACACUGCUCCAAAUUCAUCCAUAUGAUCGGUCAGACAUUGUGAUCAUUAACCCCGCAGAUGACAUGUUGUAUUUGAUGAGGACAUUAAUAAUAUUAUUGAUGUUUUACCUUUCGGGACUGUCUGGUGACCUUUGCGUGUCCUGAACAGGUGGAGAGUAUCCAGAAAUCCGAGGAGCUGUUCUCAUGUGAUGUGGUAGUUACAGUAUAUGGAGGAUUUGGAUUAACACUGACUAAUUCCGGCUUUUGGAGUGGCAUUUGAUGUGUGCUUUAGUUCCCUGUCAUAUACGGUGGUAGCAGCAUUCCUAUCGGUUUGAUCAUGGCGAUGACCUGCGGGAUCAAAUGCGCGAAGAUAGUCCUUGUGAUAUUCAAUAUGAUCUUCUUCAUCGGCGGUCUGGUCGUGAUGGGGAUCGGGAUCUGGCUAUUGGUGGACAAGAGCUCCUUCGUGAUCCUGACCGCGCGCCUGCAGGUCAACGAGGAUUUGACGAAGUUCGAGCGGGCCGACACGAUGCUGCAGCAAGCAGCCUAUCUGCUGAUUGCUAGCGGCGUAAUCGUUUUUGUCGUUGCCUUCCUGGGCUGCUGCGGCGCUCUCAAGGAGUGGCGACCCCUGCUUAUCACGUAUGCCAUAUUUCUCAUCAUCAUCCUCGGACUGGAGAUUGCUGCCGGCAUUUACGCCGCGGUGUACCGCAGUACAUCCUCCGAUUAUGUGCCGACGACGAUGCGCUUCACGCUCAGCAAGCGCUACCAGCACGACGGCGUCAUCACCAACGGGACGCAUUUGCUUUUCCGUCCGGCCAACUUCUGGACCAACACCUGGAAUAAGAUGAUGAUACAACUGGAAUGCUGUGGCAUCGACAACGGCAACGAUUUCAUAACGAUGAAUCUUGAACAGUUCAAACCUCUUACCGGACCAGAAGCGCCAGUAACGUGUUGCAAACUGCGAUCCCUACAGUCGAUGGAGAUGGUGGAUUAUUCCUGCGCUAAUUCCCGUAGUAAAUUAUGGACGCAGACGUCCACGGCGGAUGGAUCGACUAAUUUGAAAUUUGGCUGCCUGCGCCGGAUACAAAAGUGGCUGGAUGAUAAUUUGAAAAUCCUAAUCGGUGUCGGUAUUGGCAUCGGUUUACUGCAGAUUUUUGGCAUCGUUUUCGCUUUUUGUCUAUGCAUAGCUAUCAAAACGGGUAGGAACGAGAUCUCAUGAGCCGAGCGACUGUAAAUUAUUUUAUAUCUUGCAAACGUCCGAUUGGGUAGCGGUUCGAGUGUCUGGUUUUCGCACAGCCUCCGGUCUCCAUAAUUUUAUACGGAUCUAUGUUUUUACGUGCAGAAGUAUCAUUUAUGUGUUUUAAGAAAAAUAUGUGUGCGAAUACAAAAAUAACUCAGUGACUGUUUGGGUAUUUUGCAUAAC